AUGUCUACCUUCCUCCAGCAGAUCUACCGCCUCGCGGUUCCCAUCUCGGCGGGAGUCUACAUCUUCAACUCCUCCAUUUACGAUGUUCGUGGUGGUACCCGCGCUGUCAUCUUCGACCGAUUGUCCGGAGUGCAGGAGAAGGUCAUGAACGAGGGCACACACUUCCUCAUUCCUUGGUUGCAGCGAGCUAUUAUCUAUGAUGUUCGCACCAAGCCCCGCAACAUUUCCACCACCACGGGUAGUAAGGACUUGCAGAUGGUCAGCUUGACUCUGCGUGUGCUGCACCGUCCUGAGGUCCCGAAGCUGCCGGCCAUCUACCAGUCCUACGGUAUCGACUACGAUGAGCGUGUGCUCCCAUCCAUCGGAAACGAAGUUCUCAAAGCCAUUGUCGCUCAGUUCGAUGCCGCCGAACUGAUCACCCAGCGUGAAGCUGUCUCCAACCGCAUCCGCACAGACCUCAUGAAGAGAGCUUCUCAGUUCAACAUCGCCCUUGAGGACGUCUCCAUUACCCACAUGACCUUCGGAAAGGAAUUCACCCGUGCCGUCGAGCAGAAGCAGAUCGCCCAGCAGGACGCCGAGCGGGCCCGUUUCAUUGUCGAGAGGGCCGAGCAGGAACGUCAGGCCAAUGUCAUCCGCGCCGAGGGUGAAGCCGAGAGUGCCGAUAUUAUCAGCAAGGCUGUUGCCAAGGCGGGCAGCGGCUUGAUUGAGAUUCGUCGUAUCGAUGCCAGCAAGGAGAUCGCGACGACGCUUGCCAACAACCCCAACGUCACGUAUCUGCCUGGUAACGAUGGCAAGGAAGGCGGAAAGAGCACUAGCCUCUUGCUGGGCUUGAGAAACUAG